UCCUUCCUUCUGACCCACUCCUUCCAUUAUCUUUCUGCUCUCAUCCAUUACAAUCGCCAACAGAGCGCCUUCUCACCUCAGAUACUUAUCAUGCCCAAGGUCUCUUCAAGCCCUGGAAUGACCUCCAGCAGGCCCUCGUUGCGCAGAAACCAGGCCUGUCUCUCGUGUCGUAAACGGAAACUGAAAUGCGACGCAGCUCGGCCGCACUGUGGGACCUGUGUCAAACAAUGGCAGGCGACCGUCAGCGUCCCUCCUCCACCUGGCUAUGCACAUCCGAGCGAACCUCAAUGCUCUUAUGAUCCUGUCGAGGGUUUGCCACUCGCCCCUGAUAUCGACCCUCUCGAGAAGAUCAAAGACCUAGAGGAGCAAAUCACACACCUCAGGAAAAAGCUCAAGAGCGCUAGGAGAAGCUCCUCGCCGCCACCCAACAACCGCACCACUUCCUCCCCAGCACACCGUUCGCCUCCCCACGGCCAUCAUGGCUCCUUCUCCUCAGCAUCACCCCCCAUGCCCUUCGCCUCCCGGACCUCUGCCUUCUCUACUGAGCUUGAUCGCAACGGCGCCACCUCCUCCGGCAACCCAUCCGGAAUCGUACUCCCCCGCGCUUCUCUCGACAUGCUAUCCACCGACCGCUCCGCUCAUUCUGAAAGCCCAGAGUUGAUCAGCACAGGUCACUUGAGGAACAAUAGACGCUCAGACGCCCUCGAUGGCUUACUUUACUCCGGUUGGAAUCCAGAUCUGCCUGACCCUACCGUCCUGGAGCACUGCGUCGAGGCUUUCUUCCGUUGCGACCCAUGCGGCUCGCGAGUCCUCCACAGACCGUCGCUCAUGGCUUCUCUACGAUUGCCGCCCAAAAGCCCGGGAUUCCCCCACUCCGCAAUCCUACAUGCGAUCUGUGCUUCAGCUUCGCGCUGGGCGUCGUCAGACAUCAUGACCCUCCCAGAUGGAACGCGAAGAGACCGUUUUGCCGAGUUUCACGCCGGAAAGACGCGGCAGUACAUCGAUCGGACGAUGGCCAGCGGGGACGACAUCUUCCCCGUCAUGCAAGCCUGCGUCCUCCUCUCCUGGUACUUCUACUCCGAAGGCAGAUGGGUCGAAGUCUGGAUCUUCGCGGGCUUCCAGACGCGCGUCGCCGUGCCGCUCAGGCUGAACUACCCAGGGACGUUCGCGUCGCACAACAGUAACUCGCCCGGAGCUUAUCUCGCCCCGCCGAGGGACCAGCAGGAACUCGAGCUCAGGCGCCGGACGUGGUGGAUGACGAUUCUGUUUGAUAGGAUCGUUUCCGUCGGGGGAUGGGUGCAUGGCGUGGACGAGAGGGAUAUCGGCACGGAGCUGCCGUUGCGCUGUGCUGAUUUUGAGGCGGGCAACAUCGUCCCGAACAACCAACAGAGUUUGAUGUCAGAAUCCGUCUUCACGGACCACCCCCCGCUCUACACCGACUCCUUCCUGCUCCUGAUCAAGGCGAUGAUGCUCUUCGGGAGGGUCACCGAUUUCGGGGUACGCACGAGCCUCCGCGCGCCGAUGACGCGGACGAAGGGUCAGGACCCGCUCGGCCUGGCCGGGUUCGAGGAACUGGAUUCGCUCGUCUGUGUUGAUUUUUUGGCGAGCUUGCCGCAGGCGUGGAAGAAUAGCUUUGGGUGCUUGGAUGGGAUUUAUGGGGGGGAUGGGACGGGUGGGGUUGGAGCUGGGGGAUUGGAUACGGAUUUGUAUAUGGUGCAUUUGGUGCCGCAUGCGGCGGCGAUCACACUGCAUAAUCCGUACCUGGACUUCACGGACCCUCAGUCGCUUUCGACGACGAGAUGCCUGAACGCGGCUCGCGCUAUCCUCACGCAGCAUUAUACGCUCACCGCCACCUCGUUCGAUAUCACACGGCUUCAUCCGUUCGCUACGAUAUGCUGGUAUCUCGCCGCUGUGGUGCAGAUUCAGCUGUGUAAGUAUUUCAUCGAGAUUGGGAACACGGAGAGGGAGUAUGGCGUUUGGGGAGAGAUCAACGUCCUUCGAUUCGCCAUGACCGAAUACGGCAAACGCUCGCCCAUCGGGACCCGCCAAGAAAAACUCCUGCAAGGCCUAAUGGCCGAAAUAGUCCGCAUGACGACCCAACAACAACCCCUCGAAGUAGGCAUCCCGCUCUACCCCUUCUCGCACGCCGGCGUCUUUGAAAAAUCGGCCUCGGGCUCCGGAAGCGCGGGCGGACUCGGACAUGGACAUGGAGGGGCCGAUGAUGGGGCGCUCGAGCUGGCGCAUGUGGCGCCGUUGCCGGUGGAUCCGGAGUAUGAGAUUAAUAUUGAGAGUACGGAGCAGAGGCAUGGGCGUGGGGGGCCACAGUUGGGGGGAGGACAUGGACAGCAGUUGGGGGGAGGACAUGGGCAUGGGCAUGGACAGGGGCAGGGACAGGGACAGGGACAGGAUGCGUGGGUGUUGGAGGAGUUGGGACAGGUGCAGCAGGUACAUGCGCAGGUGGGGUUGCAUGAUGAGGUGUUGUAUGGGAGGCCGGGGCCGUAUGGGCAUGGACAUGGACAGAGGAUUGGCCAUGGGAUGCGGUGAGGGUGAGGGUCAGUGUGCUAUGCUUGGUCUUGGGUCUUGGUUGGGAGUGUGAUGGGUAGGAAUGGACAUGGACCGUUACAUAUACAUGAUGUGUACCUGGCUACACUUUUGUCUUACUUUUCAUUUACUUUCGUUUUUCUGUUUCUGUGAUGGACUUGAGCUCGCUUUCUUUUCUCUUCGUUCGUCUCGGUCCGACCGAUCAGGUUCACUCACUCGCUCGUUAUUAUCCUCAUGCCAUGCCACUUUUUGUGUUCUGCUCUUUUCUUUGCUUUUUGAUGGUUUGAAUGGACCGGACGGACUUCUUUCUUUCUUUCCUUUUUGCGAGCUCAGUCUACGUACUCAGCUGCUGGACAGUGUUUCUGUUUUCGUUUCCAUUUCUGGUUUACGGUUUGUCUUUGUCUUACGUUCGUGUCUCUGCCACUCCUUGUCUCGUUAGUUACCGUGUAUCAUACUUGAGGACUUUCAGCUUGUUUGUUUGUUCGUUCCCCCUCCCGUUUCUCUCCUUCAGUUUUCGAGCUAGUCUUGAGCUCGCUCCGAUGGGUACCUACAGUACUACUACGUAUACAGGCUGGCCAUAGCGCAUAUUAUCAUGUCGCUUGCCACAUCCGUCUUCUUUUCUUUUUGUUGUCUUGACUAGGCCUAGG